AUGGAUAUCAAAUUACAUCCGGAACAAGAAAUGGUAGUCAGUAUCGAAGACUUUAGGACAACAGCAAGACAAUCUAAUAAAGCCGUCGCAAUCAAAGCGUUGUUGUGUAAUAAAAAAAGACCGGAGGAACAAGAAGACAUACCCACCACAAAACUACCAUGGAAAGUCCUAACAGCAGCUUCAGAUAUAAAUGGAUUCCAGUUGAGUAAGUCUCAUGAUAAACUGGCUUCUGAAAGACCAGUCAUGUUAGAGUGCCAGAGUGAUGAUCCUGAACAUCUGCUACUCACUAGUGAUGAUGUUUAUCAAAAGUUGAAAUAA